CAACACCCCAAUUCUGAAAAGGGGAGUGGUUUUACAGUGCCGUAAACCAGAGGCUGUAAACUACUUCUCAAAGAAAUUGUGUUUUGUUUUUGCAAUGUCUAAAGCUACUAGGAGGCAAAGUUAUGUGUCAGUUGAAGAUGAAAAGCAAAAUUUGGUGGAACAUUUUGAGAAAGUACAAGGAAGGAUUGAUGAUUUUCUGAAGCAAGGAAAGAGCUUAGUUCUAGUACUGAAGAAACGUGUGACUGUGGACAAGGAUCAUGUGAAGAAUGUUCAGAAAAUGGUGCAAUCAAUCCAUGAUGAUGGGCAAACAAAACACAUGAAAUUUCAGGGUUCCUUAGAUUCUUCAUGGAAUGGAAUAAAAGAGCAACUAACAUCAGAAGCAAUGCAAACUUCCCGUAUUGCCUCUACUUUAGAGUUGCAGGCACUACAGCCCCUGCAAACCUUUCUGAUCAACGAUCUUGAGAAGAGGUUUAGAGUCACAGUCAGUGAUAGUAGGAAACUUCUUAAGGACUACUUCACAGCAAAAGCAGCACUGCAGAAGAGUAGAGAUAAGUACUUUAGUGUAGUUGGAGACUGGGAGGUUGUGAUGUUAGAGCUGUACCAUGAGCAAGGGGAUUCUUGGAAUCCUGCCCCAGGCAAUAAACUUCACGAUCGUGAAGCGCAGCUUAGUCGCAAAGUACAAGAGAGCAAAGAGGACUAUGAAACAGCUGUGCAAUACCUCAACCAAUUACAGCAAGAUGUUUUUACCAGUCAACUCCCUGGGGUACUGGACAUCCUUCGGACAACUGCUCAAAACAUGGUGGCCGUAGUAAACAAUGCACUUAAGUGUUUUACAGAUAUGCAAUCACAGUUAAUGCUUGGGAAUGGAUUGAAGGGUGCACAGAGUCAUGAUCAAUUCAAUGCUGCUGAUUAUUGUCAAACAGUGAUCUUUUGUAAUGUUGAGUAUGGCUCCAUUCCCUUGCCGACAUGUCACGAGUUUCAGGAAUACCUCUACAAGGAUGAGACGCUAAUGAUUCAAGCUCGGAAAGUUCAGUACAUGUGCAUGAGCAAGUUGAGCCCAAAAGAGUUAGCCAGCAGAGCACAUCAGUUCUUAGCAGAUGGGGACAAGAAAAAACAGCAUUCCAACAACAAAGGGCUCUCUUCCACUCAAGAAGUAGGGAGCAGGCUGCUGAUCGAACUCUGCCUUGAGUAUCUAAUGCGACCCGUUGCUCUUAAAGAGGAGGGUCUAUUUAGAGUGUCUGGUGAUUCUGCUGUUAUGAAGUCUCUCCAUGCUGAUUUCAUGUCAGGAAGAGCCACAGGAGAGUUUCUAAAGGCUGCACUGAUGGAUCAGCGUGACCCUAAUACUAUCAGUGGAUUACUAAAGCUUCAUCUCAGGGAACACCCAUUCUUGUGUCCGGCUAGUGUGUCUGCAUUGGAUAAGGUCCUGGAAGAAGCAAAUAGAGAAGAAAUUGUACCUACUGUUCUAGGCGAGCUGUCAUCCCGAGAGCUCAAUGUACUAACUAACAUCAUGCUGCUGUUGAACACUAUUACACAGACCCCAUGGAAAGAGCAAAACAAAAUGAGUGCUCACACAUUGGGCAUAGCUUGCGGACUCUCAGUGUUCCCUGAUCUGAAUCCUUCCAAAGCCACCCUGCUUACUGAAUUCCUCACCAUUAAGUAUGAUGACUUGGCAGGCUCACACACUCUGCUUUAAACAGUGAAUGCAUGCUCGUUAAUUUAUGCGUGUGUUAGUUUUCAAUAUAAUUACAUCACAUUUCUGGAAUAUUGUUUGCUCAGUAAAAAUGUUAUACUUUCACAUAA